AAGAGAAGAGGGCAGAUGUGAGUCCGUGGGUUUUGUGCCACUUUUUAUGUGUGCUUAAGUUAUAUUUGAACCAUACACUCGCUGUGGUGGAGCGUGGACUGGCUUGAGGACAACAAGAUGGACCGCCACAUGACAUUUUUAGGCCCACUGUAGCACAGCGAUUACGACCAGAUGACAUACGUCCAGUCAGCGCCGCUGCCACGGACGGAGCUCCUUGUCUACUGGUUGUUGUCCUUUGGCUCCCAUUUUUACUCUUUUUAUGAACUUCACAGGUUCUCAAAAGAGCAUGAAGCCGGAUUGGAUAGACAAUUUCACCUGGAAAGGAGCCUCUUUAAGGGGUUCAAAAGGGAUGUGUCAGACUUUGAGUGGACCUUCUGGACCGAGUGGGCAAAAAAGUCCUUGCUGUGGACUCUAAUUGGACAUGCUGUCCUAUCUAGAUUCUGCAGCAUCUUUUACCCACAGUUUCGGGUUGCUGCGCUCACAGUUUACGGCCUGUUUGCGGCCUGCAGUGUGUUGGGACUCAGAGGUGUGGCCGUGUUACUUCUCCAUGUGGCUUUGUCUUUCUCUGUGGCGCAACUCAGAAGGCCCGCUCUAUGUUGGACCUGCAACCUUCUGCUCCUCUGCACUCUUCAUGUGCGACCAUUUCAAGACAUUCAGAGGAGCUGGUACGAGCAUGAGGAGGAGUACUACCUGCUGCUCUUCGGCGUGGCCGUGGGCACGCUUCGCCUCAUCAGCUUCAGUUUGGAGCGCUGCGGCCGCACCGUGAUCCAUGGCGCCGCCCUCCCGCAGCUCUGCUGGCUGUUGUCGUACACUUUCUACCAUCCCUUUUUCUACAACGGACCUAUCAUCACUUUUAACGAUUACGUGGAGCAGAUGCAGAAGCCCGCAGAGGAGAGUGACCGGCACAAGGCAGGUGCUCGUUACUUGUUGCUUCGUUCGACACGGAUCCUGAUGUGGUGGUGCAUCGCCGAGUAUAUGAUUCACGUCAUGUACAUGCACGCCAUCCAGUCCAAUGAGACCUAUCUGGAGAUUCUGCCACCGUGGGCUUUAGGGGGUCUGGCUCUGGCCCUGGUGCAGUUCUUCUUUGUCAAGUACCUGGUGCUGUUCGGUCUCCCGUCCAUGUUGGCGACGUUGGACCAGCUGGUUCCUCCUGGUCUACCUCGCUGUGUCAGCAUCAUGUACAGCUUCACUGGCAUGUGGCGGCAUUUUGACAAGGGCCUGUAUCGAUGGCUCCUCAGAUACAUCUACGUGCCUCUGGGAGGUUCACAUCACGGAGUGAUGUAUAAAAUGUUAUCCACAGCGCUGGCGUUUGGCUUCGUCUGCCUUUGGCACGGUGGCCAUGACUACCUUCAGUGCUGGGCCCUGAUGAAUUGGCUGGGCGUUCUUGUGGAAACCAGCCUGAAGGCUCUCUUUGGCUCAGCGCUCGUUCGCUCCUUUUUUGAGCGGCAUUCCUCUGCGGCAACGAGGAGGCGCUGCGCCGCGCUGCUCUCCGCUUUCUCCACGGCCAUGCUCAUCCUCUCUAAUCUGUUCUUCCUCGGGGGGAUUCACGUCGGCAGGAUCUUCUGGAAGCGCGUUUUCCUUCAAGAUGCUCAUCCAGUAAGAGAUGCUGCUGUUUCACAGUGUGCAUUUGGCUGCGUUUUUUUUUUUUUUUUUGUGCCUCCCAAAUAGAGAGACAUCUGCUUGAAGCCCGGCUCAUUUGCUCGCCAUAGUCACAGCGUCAUCAGUCUUCAUCCAGCAAGAAUCUCGCCUCAUCGCCGCCGUUAUCCUUCAACUCAUUACUGGCGUGUGGACCCAGAGCCACCUUUCUUUCUAUUAGGAAUAUCUACUCUUCUUUUUUCGGGUCUUGACGGGACCGUGCCAAUGCAGUUCCAAGCAGGGAGUUUCUAGUAUGCUGAGAAACGCUUUGAUAGCUGCGCACAAUUGCUGAGAGACAAUUACAAAAAAAACGUCUCAACUGUUUGUUUCCCCUGCCACGAAGCACCUUUUAAUAUUCCUUGCUGUUAACCCUAUAGAAUUUGAUGUAUGUACCUCAGUUUAAAUAUACGACUCCGCUGGUGAAAUGAAUUCUCGUUUACAUUGUUUUAGUCCUCCAGGGCCAUAUUUUCCACCAAAAACGUUUAAAUUACAAACGGUGGUAAACCCACCUUUUAGGGUGCGUGAAAUUGAAAAUGUCAUGGAGGUCUGAUGUAAUUCGAGAUUUGCAUACUCCUGGUGGAAUUCAAUGUUUGCAUUUCCUCCCAACAAAUCAUCUUUUUUGACCAAAUAAAAAUAUAAUCACCAAACUGUGGUGCAUGCACCAAUGGCAAGCAAAGGUACCUUUAUAUAG